AUGGCAGCACAGAAAGCAGCAGCGUUUGUGGCUGCUCUAUUAUUUGUUGUAUUAUUGCUGCAAAAACGUUUUUACUUAUGCUCAAAUGAAAACUAUUCGCUUUAUUUUAAAAGUGGUAUGGAUAUUGUCGAGAGUAGUGGUAUUUGUAACAUUGAAUCGUGCUUUUUUACAAGUCUUAACAAAACGCGAGUAUAUUUCUCUAGACGAAGCAGAUGGUUGUUUGUGUUGUUGCUUUUAAGCGGUGAUGUUGAAAAGUGUCGUGGACCUAAUGCCACAGAUGAAAUCCGUGAAUUUACUAAUGCAAAGGGUAUGAAUAUGUUUCACCUGAACGUUAGAGGUCUAUGGGCAAAUUUUGCUGAGAUUUCGAACAUUCUUAUAAACAACAGAAAAAUCGACAUUUUUUCUCUUACGGAAAUACAUACUGGAGAUGAACCGGAGGACAUGUUUGCAAUUAAUAGAUACACAUUUAUACACAAAUCUCGUAAAUUUGGAAAAGGAGGCGGAGUAGCAUUUUAUGUUGCUGAUCAUGUUAUUUAUAAAAGGCGACACGAUCUAGAAAUAAAUGAAAUUGAAGGUAUUUGGUUAGAAAUAUGUCCAAAAAAUGCGAAAUCGUAUUUACUUUCCGUAAUUUAUAGACCCCCGGAUAAUUCAAAGUAUCUUAAUAAAGAUUUUUCAUCUCUUCUAUCUGAUGUACUGUCAUUAACAUUAACCGGUAUCAAAGAAGUUAUAAUCUUAGGGGACCUUAAUGUCGAUUUUCUGAAAAAGAACGAUCAUGUUGGGAUUAAAACAGCUUUAACGUUGCACGGUUUUAAACAAGUCAUUAAAUCACCAACCCGAAUAGCGGAAACGUCACAAACUCUUAUCCACAUUAUCGCUACAACUAAUUGCACAGUUAUAGCGGAUACCAAAGUCAUCCCCAUUUCUUUUAGUGACCAUGACCUUAUAUGUUGUAUUAGAAAACAACAUCACACCCGUUUUGUUAGCAAAACAAUAAAUUGUCGAAACUAUCGAAAUUAUGACAAAGAUAAAUUUUGUCAAACACUUUCAUCACAGAAUUUUCAAGAUGUUUAUAACUCAACGAACGUCAAUAAAGCAUGGUCUUUGUUCAAGGGAAUUAUAUAUCGCACCUACGAUUCCAUGGCUCCAUUAAUUCGUAAAAAAGUUCGCGGUAAGCCAUGUGAUUGGAUGACUGUUGAUCUCAAGAAGGAGAUGAACUCACGCGACAAUUUGUUACGAAAAUCGCGUAAAACCAAAUCAGAAGCAGAUAUCACGGCUUAUAAAAAAAUAAGAAACAAGGUUAAUAAUAAAGUUCGUAAAGCAAAGAAUACGUAUCAGCGACAGUUAUUUGAGGAGAACACCGGAAAUCCAGAAUCCUUCUGGCGGUCGAUAAAAAAAGUAUUUCCACUUAGAUCGAACUCUCAAGUGAAUACUACUAUACAAAUCGACGAGAAAUUGGUAACCGAUCAACAUUCUAUUGCUAAUGCGUUUUGUAGAUUUUUUCUAAUGUUGUAA